AUGAGUGGGGAAGAGGCCCUGGUUGUAGUGUUCAAGGUCAAAGAUGAGCCGAUGAUGAUGGUGACGGGUAAUCGAAGAUACGAGCGAAUCAUGGCGGUAACAAGCCUUAGUAUGUGCUUGAAGUUCAGACAAUAUUUCAGCAUGUAUUUCGACCAUAUUGGAACGGAGAGGUUUGCCAUCAGUCUCGAAGGAAAUAGCAAGACCUUUCGAUUCAGCCUAGACGCGCCGGAAUCAUCUCCCAAUUCAAUCAUGACAAGAUUGCGGAUUCCUCUCCUGUUUCAGUACAUGCCGAUUUCAGAGCUAGACGCAAAUCAGUUCAUCGAGUUUCUUGAAGACUUUGAAAAAGGUCACUUGCUCUUCACGCGAUAUCGCAAGCUCACUGUGUCGAUCAGGGUCUGUUGCCAGCUACGCGUUGCUGGACCACUUGGUGCCUCCUCCACACAGUCAGGACGGCGUCGUUCAGGUGGAGAUCUUGGCCCUGUCCUCCCAGGGCCCGAAGGUGCUCAUGUCGGAGAGGUGGAGGAUGAGGCUGAGAGCCGACGACAGUGGGUCACCGUGGAAGCUGCGAAGCUGCUGGUGUCCAUGAAAGCUGCGGGGGAAGAUGGCGGGGGCAUGUGGAUCGUCUCCUCCGACCACAGGAAAAGCUCGACGGCAGCGGCAGAGGCAGAGGCAGAGCAGGAGCGAUCUGCUCGGCACUCAGAUGACCGUGGGGCGAUGGAGAGCUUGAGUCCCCUCCGCCGAAGCUCUCACUGGCACAGCAGCCCUGACCUCACCAAACUGGCCUUGUUGAGGUCCACCUCCUCUAAGUCGCUGGACGGGAACAGGGGGGGGGAUCGUUCCGAGCCCGGAGUUGGAACCGCCCAGCUUGCAAGCAGAAACCUGGAGGCGCAAGAGGCUGAGGAAGGAGGGAGAGAGCUUGCGAUUGACUCCAUGGUAGCAAGAGCUUGCGUGCUGGGCAAGCCGAUUGAUCUCGAGGACCUCGGACCCAACGGGCGAUCCUUUGAGCAGCUGCAUCUUCUCUUCGGCUUGAGCCAGUGCGCAAGGAAUUCUCUCCUAUGA